AUGGAACCGAUACAGCUGCUGCCCCUUCAAACUGCUAACUAUUCCGUCGUACGAACUUCCUUACCGUAUGUUGACACAGAUUUGGAAAUCCGGUCAUACCUCUAUGCUGCCUUCGGAGCUAUAACGUGUAUCUCCAGUACAAUAUGCAUUCUUGUCCUUUCAACAAGAGAUCUUAGAGAGCGCUACAUCCUGUUCUUAGCCCUGUCCUUAGGCGAUCUAUUGAAUGGAUUAUCAUUCGUGGCUGCCGGUGUCUUUCGAAACUUGUUCAUGUACCACGGCAGUUAUUACAUCCAUGUAACGAGUGCCCAGUGCCUACUACAAACUCCGUGGGCCGUUCCUAUGCUUUUCGCAGGGCAGUUUCCAGCUCUCAUGAACCUGUUCAUCGCGCUCGAGAGAGUACUUGCACUGGAGUUUGCUGAAUGGUAUCAUAACAACUGGAGACCCCAUCACAAACUCUAUUUGAUUUUUGCUGCCUUCAUGAUGACAUUCAUGUUCUUCAUGUUUGCUGUCAUCAUCAAUCACACAAGCACGACACUGUACACAUCGCGCUUAUGUACUGUCCUCAACUCUACAGGAAUUAUCUAUGGCACAGCGCAUUAUGCAUUGAUCUCACUCACUUAUAUCUUCUGCUUCAUUGUGUUAAUGACCAUAUUCGAUAGAGUUAAUCGACUACGGAUUGCAUUCUUGAAUGGAUUGAGGUUAAGCGUAUGUUCUAAACAGACACCGUCCAAAGAAGAAGAGGGUAGGCAGAAAAUGAAACUUGCGCUGACUGGACUCUCUGUGUUGUUGGUGUCUAUUCCUUGUAUAUUCAUGGUUAUGGAUGAAUAUGGUGUACCAGGAAUCAAUGAACUCAUUACAGGCAUUGCAUACUGCCUAUAUGCUGUUCAUUCUGUAUUAUCGUUGGUCGUCUACGUUGUUCUGCGACCAGACUUCCGUGCACAGCUUGUAUCACUUGCUGGAAUGCAAAGUUUCAUCCGUGCAGAAAAGCUUAUGAAACGACGCCUAGCUACACACUCAGAAGGCGAUAAAUCGUACUUUUCGUUCAAUUCCCAGAGUUCACACACGGAUCAUCAGUGGAUAAGCCAUUCACAAUGA